AAAAAGCAAUGGCGCGGGUUUGCAAGCCUGCAGUGAUUCUCAGAAGAAGCGCUCAUUCUCUUCACAAUCUCGGGCGUGCUGCUUUUUAUUAAUGCAUUGGGAUUAUUAGACUGUGUUUAUUUUCUAGGGCAUGUAAAGCAGCCCGCUGUAGUAUCUCCUGACUGGCUUCACACGGGCAGGUGUGUUUUUGGAGAAAUGAACGGGUCGGUCAUCCCCCACACCCCGCUAGCCGUGGACUUCUGGCAGGUGCGGAAAUGCAGCCAGGCGCGCCUGUUCUUCCUCUCUCACAUGCACGCAGACCACACCAGCGGCCUGACUUCCACCUGGAGCAACAGAGCCAUCUACUGCUCGCCUCUCACCGCCAAGCUGCUCCGAUUAAAGCUACAGGUGAAGGACAGGUGGAUCCACCCCCUGGAGGUGGGACAGGCCCACCUGCUGCCCCUGGAUGAGAUGGGCAAGGAGACGAUGACAGUCACCCUGAUCGAUGCCAACCACUGCCCGGGCUCCGUCAUGUUCCUGUUUGAGGGCUACUUUGGCACCAUACUCUACACAGGUGAUUUCCGCUACACCCCGUUGAUGCUGAGGGAGCCGUGUCUCAGUAAGCACAAGCAGAUUGACGUGCUCUACCUGGACAACACCAACGCGAGCCGAGACCGGGUCCUGCCGUCCCGGAGCCAGGCCACCCAGAGGAUCAAAGAGCUCAUCCGCCAGCACCCCGAGCACGACAUUGUCAUCGGCCUUUACAAACUGGGCAAGGAGUCUCUGCUGGUGGAGCUGGCGUUGGAGUUCCAGUCGUGGGUGGUGGUGAGCCCUGAGCGGAUGGAGACCAUGCGUGUGCUGGGCCUCCCGGACGUGUUUGUCACAGAGGAGGGGGCUGGCAGAUUCAGAGUGGUGGAGCAGAGACAGGUCAAGCACUCCGCCCUGAUUCAGUGGAACACCCAGCACCCAACCCUGGCCAUCCUGCCCACCAGCCGCCCGCUGACCCCCUGGCACUGCAACCUGCACGUAGUGCCCUACUCCGACCACUCCUCCUUCCAGGAGCUGGAGGAAUUUGUCUUGGCCCUGGAGCCCGGCUCUGUGAUCCCCAUCGUCAGAUCAGCCGCGUGUAACUUCUCUGCUUACCUGAGUCAGCGGGAGCAGAGACCUCCAGUGGAGGUGCCCAAAUCUGUGCAGCUGUUUAUGAACAAGGACCCCGACCCUCCAGCUAAGCUUGUGCCGGGACCACCCAGACAUGGCCCCCCUGUCCCCAGGGGGGUGGUGUUUGAGUCCCCGGAGCACAAGCCCAGACCAAACCAGCGCCAGCAGGAAGACCGUGACAAGACUGGACCCCCUCUAGACAAGCAAGAGCCCCAGUGCCAGGACCCUGAUUUCCCACACAAAGUGCUGGGAGACUGCAGCAGAGCUGUCAUCCAGGUAGCAGUUAGGCGCAGAAAGAAACCCCCUCAUUCACUUGCUUCUUGCGAAAGGAAUAGAAAGCAGAUGAAGCUGGAUGAUGUGUGGUGUAGGAAUGGACUCCGUUCUCCAACACAGGCUUCAGGUAACACACUUGAGGACAACCCAACCCUGAAGUCUUCCUGCAAGCUGUUCACUCCCCCUAAGAGACUCAAUGAGUUGAAAGCAGAGGACGGAGACGACAGUGGGCUGCAAGAGCCGUCAAGAAGAGAUGCAGGCUGCAACGCAGAGGGUCUGGUGUGCCGUGCUUGGCAGGGAGUCUCCCUGAGGCCGUGGAAAGCUGAGAACGAGUCUGUGAGGCCGAGUGGGAGCGGCGGGCUUGUGAGGGGAUCUGGAGCCGAGGCAGAGUCAGCCUGGCUGUCUAAGAACACUGAAGCUGAAACCUGUCUUGAGCACACAAGAAACGCAGUGCCUGAAAGACAGCCUGUAGAUAGAGCUGGAUCCACCAGCCUCUCGAAGCAAGCAGGUCCGCCUUCGUUUCCAGAGUCUGCUGAUUUUAUGACAGGAGCGCCGGUCCGAGCUGCCAGUUGCAAGGCUCUUGCAGUUAUUUCCAGUCACCUUGCGGAGAAGUACCGUCUCGCCCCCUUCAAUCAUGCGGGGCAGCGGAAACCAACGUUCGAUGAGCUUGUGGAAAGAUGCACCGGGACGUCCCAGAGCUCCUGAAACGCAACGGAGAUGAAACCCUUUUGUUGCAUCAGGUCCAGCUCAAUCUGUUCUACAAUGGCAGUACCUAAGAGAGGAAGCUGUUGGAAGCUCUUCUCUGUGUACCGGAGCCUGGGUAGUCCUCUCUGUGCUUGUAAAUCUUAUCUCGACUCCGAGUCGCUGAACACUGUGAGGUGUGGCUGCAGUGUGGUAACUGCUGUUACACUGUGUGCUGUUCGCAGUGCUGGAAGAGCAGGCUGCGAUUUGAACACUCUGUGAUUUUCAAGUUAUUUCGGUGUAGAUUUGGUCUUGAUUAAGUAGUCUUGUUAAACUGGGUUGUUCUGAAGCUCAGCAUCUUGUGCUUUUGGUGCAAAAAAAAAAAAAAAAAAAAGAUGAAACUAACCUGUGCCAUUACUUUGUCCUGGGCUGGGAGAGAGCAGUAUGCACUGUUUUGUAAGUUGUUAAAUACUGCAUUAGUGCAUUAAAUACUGUUUUUAACACUUGUAUCUUCAUUGUGUCUGAUUGUCUUUGUCUAGUAUAGGUACAGUGCUGUACUGUGGUGUUUAGAGCCACUGCUGUACCUGAAUGUGUUCAUUUAUAACGCCCCGUCAUUAAUAAAGCAUCUAUACUGUAGUAUAGCCUCUCCCUCGGAGACGCAGUAUUUUCACAUAUUCGAUGGACUCCUGGAAGCAGUUCAGUGGGAUGGGACUGGUUCUGCUGUAGACUUGACUUACUGUUUAUAUUCAUUGGUAUUCAUUUCAAAGUUAUAGAGAUUUUCAUACAUUAUUCAAUUACAAUUCACAACGCACUGCCCUUAACACAGCAUUUAAAAUCUGCUUUAGGGUCCGAUUUUUCAAUUGGAUUUUAUAUGAACUUUAUAUAACAGCCAGACAGUUUGACUGCAGCAGGGACGGGAAUAAGACUCCCAUUGCAGAGCAGUUCGAUCCAAGCCUGGUUUUGCUGUGACUUUAAUAAGGCACACCUGAGCUUGUUACUUGCUUGUUACACUCUGAGGCUAAUCAAGCUCAUAGUAAAACCUGGAAUGGGUGGAACUGCUCUGCAAUCGGACUCGCCUCUUCAUCUCUGGUACAGGUAGCAGAUCACUCCUGUACACGGGAGCAGUGCUUUUAAUAGGGGUUCCUGAAGUGUGUGUUUUAAAGUAACUCCUGAGCAUUGGGACAUGUACGAUUUUUCUUUUGCAAGGAAUUUGAACAGAAAGUGCAGGACAGAUGGUGGCACCUGCCUGCCUCGUUCUUAACGGCUCAGUGAAGCGAAACAAUCAUUUGAUUGUGAAGACAGCGUAGAGGGAAGAUGCGCUGUCAUCAUGCAUGUGUUACUCUGUGUUCCUGAUUGGACGCGGGUACAGCACGGAGGGGUGUGCUGGAGGUUUGGAGUGACAAGGGGCAGCACUCGUGCACGUGCUGUUAUUAGAUCAUUAAGUAUUAAGGGAUACCGAUCCCAGGUGUUAGCGGAAGGGCGUGACUGCGUUCCAAAGGGUUCUUCAGAAGAGCACAUGUUUACAGGACUGUACAGAACUCAAAGGUAUGACAAGCAAGAGAAAGCAGCACACAGGUCAACCCCAGUUCCCUUACAGGAGCCCCAAUAGCCCAAAAUUAAGCCGUGUGAACUGGCAGCUGCUAUUUUUGGAACAUACAGCUAUAGCCAAAAGUUGUGCAUCUCCUGUAGAAUGAACUAAUUUUGCUUCAUAAAGUCAAAUGAAGAAUGAUGUCACUUAUCAUAUAGAAUUACACACUGCUUUGUAGUUUUCCAUAUACUGAACACAAAACUGGCAAAU